AUGGCUGAUAAUUUGAACGUGAAAUCACCUAAAUCAACAGAGAAAACGAAGAUUACUAACGCUGUUAACCGCACUACGAGUGAGACGAUGCGUCUUGGUGAACCCGAGAAAAGUGUGAACCAUCCUACGACACUUUGUACUUCAACAUCCAAGGAAAGAAAGAAGACGCCUGCAUUUCAGAUCACUAGUGUUACUGUUGGUCCUCGAGUUAGUAAUGACGGUGGUGACGAUUCUGCCGACGAUUUAGAUGAAUCCCACACGGACGAUAUUUCUGAUGUGAUAGACAACUCAAGGAUAACUGACAUAGAAAAUGAGACUCCUAGUUACUCUGAAGAUACUUUUUCCAAAGAAGAGGUGUUUUUUAAUGCUUCCAAUACUUCUCUAGGAACAGCACCAGUAAUUCCUACAAGUUCUCAGUACGGACUAGCAAUUGUUGGACCCGAAGGAGGUAGCAACGCUCAAAAUCCUGCAGUUACGUGUGCAAAUAAUGUAACCAACAGUAUAGAAGUUAAUACAACUAGUGCAAGUGAUUCUGGUAAUGUUAUUAAUAUUGUGAAUAGUGUCAAACCAAGUGAAACAGACAUGAGGGACGUACAUACCCAUACUGCUCGUAAUGAGCGCUUUAAAGUAGUCAAGAUUGAAAGUACUGAACCAUUUAAGCGAGGUAGGUGGAUGUGUAUGGACUAUUUGGAUCAUUCUAUGAUGCAACAACAGUCUCAGCAGGCAAUUAUAGUGAAAGGUUCUGAACAGUCAGAUGCCCAUACUGGCUCUGUACAGUAUGUAGGUCCUGACAGUGGUGUUGUGUUGAUGGAUGGUUUAGGUAUGGAUCAUAUACCUGAUCAUCAACCAAUGCCUCUUGGUACAGAGCAUGUUACUUCUCAGCCACAGCCAAUGGCCCAGGUUGUUACUAGCUUAGCUGCCCAGAAUGUACCAACUGGAUAUACUAUGUCAGUCUCACCAGGUCAAACUUUACAGCAAAUGCCAAUGGGAGUGAUGCAUCAGCCACUGCCUAUGGGUAGUGAACUACCUCCACAUCCACAGAGUAUGAGUCAAGUACCUAUGGUAGGAAUGGUGCAACAACCUCCCACAAUGGGGCAAAGUUUGCCUCCUCAGCAGAUGCAAACUUUGCUCCAGGGCUAUCAACAGUCAGGUUAUUACCCUUCUACUCCGCAUCUUGCUUCCCAGGCUUCUUCCAUGCCGGUCCAGAGCCAGCCAUUGGUGACUUCCGCCGCACAACCUGUGCCAAUGCAAGGCACUGUGUCAAUGACAACUUCUCAACAGCACUUGAUUUCACAAGCUUCUCAGUUCCAAUCGCAGCAGUUCCAGCAAGCCUCGCAGCAUCUUCAGCAACCUCAGACACAACUUGCACAACCUUCGCCAGGCAUGCAAAAUGCUCCGCAACAAGUGCAAAUGACACAACCAAUCCAAGUGUCUCAACAAAUACCAACUCAACCUAUUCAGGUUCAAGUUUCUCAGCCUAUGCAACCACAGCCGAUUCAGGUGCAAGUGUCUCAGUCUCUACAAGCACAAACACAGCCUGUUCAAGUGUCGCAGCCAAUGCAAGUUCCUCCUCAGUCAGUGCCUGGGCAGACAUCUCAGCCGAUGCAGGUUCCGGCACAAAUGCAUAUGGCUGGACAGUCACAACCUGUGCAAGUGUCGCAGCACAUGCAAGCGCAGUCUCAACCAGUUCAACUUCCACAGUCUAUGCAGAAUGUUCAAGUUCCGCAGAUGCAGGGCCAAACUCAACCGAUGCAGGUUUCGCAAAUGCAAGCCCAGUCGCAACCCAUACAAGUCCAACAAUCAAUACCAAAUCAAUCCCAAACAAUCCAGAACCAGUCACAACAAAUUUCUGCGCAGUCGCAACAAAUGCAGUCUCAGCCGCAACAAAUGCAGAGUCAACCGCAACAGAUGCAAGCUCAGUCUCAGCCUAUGUCGACUCAGCCUCAACAAAUGCAAGUGCCACCACAACAGUUGCAGAAUCAGUCACAACCGGUUCAAGUUCCCCCACAAAUGCAAGCACAAUCUCAGCCCGUACAGGUGCCUCAAAUUCAGGCACAGUCACAACCUGUACAAGUUUCCCAGUCGAUGCAGGGUCAGUCACAGCCUGUUCAAGUGCCACAGCAAAUGCAGCCUCAGUCUGUGCAAGUUACCCAACAUGUACAGGCUCAACCUGUGCAAGUGCAAAUGCAGCCACAGACACAGGCAAUGCAAGUGCCACAGCAAAUGCAGGCACAGUCCCAACCAGUGCAAGUGCCACCACAGAUACAAGCCCAGUCUCAACCCAUACAAGUUGCCCAACUGAUGCAAGCUCAGUCGCAACCUGUGCAGCUUCCCACACAAAUUCAAACUCAUUCUCAACCUGUGUCUGUACCUCAGCAUAUGCCAGUCACUCUUCCAGUCUCGCAAUCUGUGCAGAGUCAGCCAAUGGGGAUUCCUGUUCAACAAGUGCCCCAGCAACCUAUGCAGCAAUUGAAUGUUGUUGGUAUACCCCAGCCAAUGAUGACACCUACAUCUAUGCCUGGCAUGCCUACAACACCUCUGCCACCUGGUUAUGUUGCUGCCCCUUCUGGAUCAGUGACUGGUGUUGACAUGACUCUUCACCCAGCACCCCAGGAGCCCAUGCCAGAGGUGUCCUCUGGGAUUCAAGAGAAACCGCCAUCUGAUAUAGUGCCAGGGCCAGCUGGCGAAGACGCCCCAGCUGGUGCUGUUAGCGAAGAACCAGAAAGGUGA